UUCUCUAAGGAAGCGCAUUUCCUGCCUCUCUGGGCCGGGCUGGAUGAGCUGAGCUCCCUGCCCUGACAGUCAGACCCCUGCCUUCAUCUGUGUCCCGUCCCCAGGCCAGGACCGUCGUCCGCUGCCGUCCCAAAGAGCCCAGUGUCUCUUUCUCACCAUCCAGUCAGCUAGAGACCCCUGCCCUGCUUUGAGUCUCCAGCCCACUUCUCCUGACUUCUCCGCCGCCACCUCAGAAGGCUGGAGCAGGGACGUGGUCGCUCCGGCUGCCUGCUCCCUUCGGAUCCCCGUGCGAACCCACGCAGGCCCCGGCGCCCACCAGCAGCCCUGCCUCUGGACACCGGAUAAGGCCCAGCGCACAGACUCCCGGGUGGACAGCAUGGACCGUAGCAUGCUCCCUCUGGUCAUUACCCUGCUGUUGGUCAUCUAUAGCUUCGUGCCCACAAGUCUUGCAGAAAGAGUCGGUUGUGAUCUACAGCGUGUGGACUCCACAAGGGGUGAGGUGACAUACACCACCAGCCAGGUCUCUGAGGGCUGUGUAGCUCAGGUUGCCAACGCUGCGCAUGAAGUCCACGUUCUCUUCCUGAAUCUUUCCAGAAGGAAGUCCGAGGUGGAGUUGACUCUUCAAGCAUCCAAGCAAAAUGGCACUGAGACUCGGGAGGUGUUUCUGGUCUUCAUUUCGAACGAGAAUGUCUUGGUGAAGCUCCAGGCCCCAGAAAUCCCACUGCACUUGGUCUACAACUCCAGCCUCGAGGUCUUCAAAGGACCAAAAGUCAACAGCACACCACUACCAUCCUUUACCUCCAAGACACAGAUCCUCGACUGGGCAGCCACCAAGGGCACCAUUACCUCCAUAGCAGCACUGGAUGACCCCAAAAGCAUUGUCCUCCGGCUGGGCCAAGACCCAAAGGCACCACCCUUCUGCUUCCCAGAAGCUCAGAAGGACAUGGGCGUCACACUUGAAUGGCAACCACGAACCCAGACACCAGUCCAAGGCUGCCACUUGGAAGGUGUGACUGGACACAAGGAGGCCUAUGUCCUGAGGAUUCGAUCAGGUUCUGAGGCCGGGCCCCGGACAGUGACGGUAACGGUGAAACUGAGUUGCACAUCUGGGGAUGCCGUUCUCAUCCUGCAGGGUCCCCCGUACGUCUCCUGGCUCAUCGAUACCAACCACAAUAUGCAGAUCUGGACCACAGGUGAAUACUCCAUCAAGAUCUUUCCAGAAAACAACAUCAAAGGCUUCGAGCUCCCAGACACACCCCAAGGCCUGAUCGGGGAGGCCCGCAAGCUCAAUGCCAGCAUAGUAACCUUUGUAGAGAUCCCUCUGACCAGUGAUGUCUCCCUGACGGUCUCCAGCUGCGGUGGUGGGCUCCAGACCUCCCCUGCACCAGUUGUGACCACACCUCCCAAGGACACGUGCAGCCCUGAGCUACUCAUGUCCCUGAUUCAGCCAAAGUGUGGCAAUGACGUCAUGACUCUGGCACUCAAUAAAAAACUCGUGCAGACUCUACAGUGCACCAUCACAGGCCUGGCUUUCUGGGACUCCAGCUGCCAGGCUAAAGACCAGGACGGCCACCUUGUCCUGAGUAGCACCUACUCCAGCUGCGGCAUGAAAGUGACAGAUCAUGUGAUCAGCAACGAGGUGAUCAUCAAUUUGCCAUCAGGCUUACCACCACUUCGGAAAAAGGUACAGUGCAUCGACAUGGACAGCCUCUCCUUCCAGCUGGGCCUCUACCUCAGCCCGCACUUCCUCCAGGCAUCCAACACCAUAGAGCUAGGCCAGCAGGGCUUCGUACAGGUGAGCAUGUCUCCAUUGACCUCUGAGGUCACAGUCCAGCUAGACAGCUGCCAUCUGGAUUUGGGGCCAGAAGGUGACAUGGUGGAACUCAUCCAGAGUCGAGCAGCCAAGGGCAGCUGUGUGAGCUUGCUGUCCCCAAGCCCUGAGGGCGACCCACGUUUCAGCUUUCUCCUCCGUGUCUACAUGGUGCCCACACCCGCAGCUGGCACCCUCAGUUGCAACUUAGCCCUGCACCCUAGCACCUUGUCCCAGGAAGUCUACAAGACUGUCUCCAUGCGCCUGAACAUCGUCAGUCCUGACCUGUCUGGCAAAGGCCUCGUCCUGCCCUCUGUACUGGGCAUCACCUUUGGUGCCUUCCUCAUUGGGGCCCUGCUCACAGCUGCACUCUGGUACAUCUAUUCUCACACACGUGAGUAUCCCAAGCCUCUCCACCCCCUUCCUACAGUGAGUGCUCAGGGCCGGUCCACACCACCCCAGGGCACACCCUGGGAAGCCUCUGAGGAAGUGGGGAGUCCUGGCUGGGGCCCUGACCUCCACCCCUGCCCACACCUCUCAGGUGCCCCUAGCAAGCGGGAGCCCGUGGUGGCAGUGGCUGCCCCGGCCUCCUCUGAGAGCAGCAGUACCAACCACAGCAUCGGGAGCACCCAGAGCACCCCCUGCUCCACCAGCAGCAUGGCAUAGUACCCAGCCUGGAGCCUUGGGGAGCCCCCCAGCCAGCCCUUGCCCUGCAGGAGAGGCGGAGCAGCCACAAGCUGGGAACCAUCGGCCAUGAACUUGUCCCCUCAGCCAAGGAUGGAGCGUCCUCCUGUACCUGCUCCUCAUGCCUCCCCCGCAGAGGCUUGUUGCCAGUAGAGACUCCAACUUGGAACACCUUGGGAUCUCCUCACCCCACUUUACCUGCCCAACCCAGGGGCCCUGGGAUAUGGCUGCCUGGGACUACAGAAAGACACCGCACUGCUGUGAACAUCCGUGCUGCUGUGGAACCCUAAUCCCCUGCCUUCAAGCUGGAUCCUGUGCUGAUGAACUGGGCAGGGUGGGAGGCUAGGACUCAAGACACGCGCCUGGCCUAGCCCAGAGCCACCUGCAUCUGGCUGGCCCCAGGAGCCUCCUCACCUUGACUAGCACAAUUUUGGUCGGGGAAACAGAGGCUGAGGGGUGCUCAGCUCAUUGGCCUAGAAGAUGGCAAGAAGGGUGGGUUGGGGGAGCCCAGCCCCUCCCCAGAGAUCUCCUCCCAGCCCAUCCAUUGAGCUGGCAGCAGGAGGGUAGUGGCCAGGUGGCUGGUCCUGGGCCAAGCCCAUAUAUUUACCAAUAAAUCAGACAUGAAACCAGU